GAGGGGGACAGUGAAGGGGAACCAGCAAUACAGACUGCGCGGUCGAGUUUAGGGGCAGCUGGCGGGAGGAUUCGGCAACUCCCUGAACUUGAGGCACCGCGGAGUGUGGGCGCAGGGAAGAGCGAUUCAAACCUCGCGGACUGUGCAGUGGGUCGGCCGCCAGACAGCCAUUAGAAGCGGUGGGCAUAGCGAGUGACUGCACUGCGCCAUGGCACUGUCCUUCCGGAAAGACUUGGGGGAGUACAAGGACCUGGACGAGGAUGAGCUCCUUGGCAAGCUGUCGGAAUCAGAGCUGAAGCAGUUGGAGACUGUCCUGGAGGAUCUGGACCCCGAGAAUGCCCUUCUGCCUGCAGGGUUCCGGCAGAAGAACCAGACAUCAAAGUCUGCCACAGGCCCCUUUGAUAGGGAACGGCUCCUCUCAUACCUAGAGAAGGAAGCGUUGGAACAUAAAGACCGGGAAGACUAUGUGCCCUACACUGGAGAGAAGAAAGGGAAAAUUUUUAUCCCCAAACAGAAGCCAGUGCAGACUUUCACAGAAGAAACUAUAUCCCUUGAUCCAGAGUUAGAAGAAGCUUUGACAAGUGCAUCAGACACAGAACUGUGUGACCUUGCAGCUAUUCUUGGGAUGCACAGUCUGAUGGCAGACACACAGCACUGCGACAUGCUGGGAGGUAGCAACGGUGUCACGCAGGAACAGCUCCCGAAUGUGGUCAAAGGGGAAAAGAUUCUUCCAGUGUUUGAUGAGCCACCAAAUCCAACCAACGUUGAAGAGAGUUUAAAGAGAAUUCGGGAAAAUGAUGCCCGUCUUGUUGAAGUUAAUUUGAAUAAUAUAAAAAAUAUCCCAAUUCCAACUCUAAAAGAUUUUGCGAAGAGUUUGGAAGGCAACACACAUGUGAAACAUUUCAGUCUCGCAGCCACCAGGAGCAAUGACCCCGUGGCCGUUGCUUUUGCAGAUAUGCUGAAAGUGAACAAAACUUUGAAGAGCUUAAAUAUGGAGUCUAACUUCAUCACAGGCACUGGGGUUUUAGCACUGAUUGAUGCUUUGAGAGAUAAUGAGACCCUGACAGAGCUCAAGAUUGACAAUCAGAGACAGCAGUUGGGCACCUCUGUAGAAUUAGAAAUGGCCAAGAUGCUUGAGGAAAAUAUGAAUAUCCUUAAAUUUGGAUAUCAAUUCACACAGCAGGGACCGCGAACCAGGGCAGCCAAUGCUAUAACAAAGAACAAUGACUUAGUGCGCAAGAGACGAAUCGAAGGAGACCAGCAGUAAGCGUCCGAGGGGUGACCUUUCGAGGACUGCAGAGCACCAAAGGCUCCUGUUUGUGGCAGCAGUUGUAAAAUUUCCUGGGUAGAAGGGAAAGACUGGAACUCUUUUUUUUUUUUUUUUUACCUAUAUGCAUUUUUUUCCUAGCUUAAGGUAUUAUAUUUGAUUUGUAAAAUCAGUAAUAGGUAGUAUUUUGUAUUUGUAGCAUUUCUACUGAAACCAGUUUAAUUUAGCUUAAUUGAAUGGUUUAUGAUGAUUUUUUUUAGGUAAAAAUGCAGUUAUAGAAAGUUUCAGAAGUCGUAUACAUAAGAAUAAUUUGAAAGAACAUCUUGAGGACCAAUCUUUUUUAAAUCAAAAGGGAUGUUGCUAACUCAAUACUAAUGUUGUUCCUUAUACAUUAACGGUAAGGCACAUGGUGGUUUCCUUUUUAAAAAUUUAUGAAUUAGACAAAAAUUUGCAUUUUCCAUAUUAGGGAAAUAAAAUAUCAGAAUUUUGAAAGAUGACUCAGAAUCCAUUAUAUCUACAUAAGCCAAAACAGAACAGCCGUCUGUGUUGCAGGUUUCUGCACACAUCUGAGGGGUCUCAGCUACACAGGGUUCACUGUGUGUGUGUUUCCAGUAGUCCUUAGUUCUGCCCCUCUGCGUACCUUGUUAAAAGUGUAGUUGUAAAAUUUCUCCUUGCUGUGGGCAUUACUUUUUUGUAAAAGCUAAUGGUUGAACAGUAUCAGAGUAGAGAGGUUAUUUUCCCCAUAAAAGGCUCUUGGCCAGUACUCAGUUUUUAAGAGAAAAAAGAAAGGCGCUGUUAGGUGUAGGAGAGAGUUCAAGCCUGACAGACUCGCAAGAUGGCCGUUACACUGGUAAGCAGGGUCAGUCAGAAACCAACAAUGAGCUCACUCCUGCAGUCUCAGCACAUAUUGCCAGAUGUUCAAAGUCAGCCUGAGCUACAUAGGAACCUCCAGGUUAGCCUGGGCUACACAUGUGAGAACCUCUGUCAGGAAAAGAAAAGAACAACCCUGUUGUCUGGUAAGAAGCGCUAGCUAGGUGUGAUUCCACAGGGGCAAUGCAUUCAGCAUUGCCUGAGCGGAGUUGAUUCAGCUCCACAGUGUUCCAGCCAUCACAAAGACCGCUGCUCCUCGGAAACCCAGUCUUAGUAGAUGUUCCCUUCCAUCUUGUACUAGUUAAGUUUAUGUAGUAAAAAAUAAUUUCUAUAACAUAGGUUAUCUUUAUCACCCGAGUGUCAGAGAACUUGAGCCUCGUACAGUGGGUUGGGUGAGGCUGCACACCUAUGCCCUGCUAGAGAUUGUGGCCUUACAUCUGUGCUCUGCCCCACCCAUGUAGCUCCAACAGGAGUAGCAGAGGCACACACAGCACCGACAGUAGAGAGGGAGAGGGCCCAGGGCAGCACGAACAAGUCGGCGGUUCUUAUGCCAUUCCAGGGCCGGUCUGUCGAACAUUAUACAACCGAAGAAAAUACUUCAUAAGUAACAGAAGUGUGAACUCAUCUGAUUGAAUAGAUAUCUUUUAAGAAUUCUAAUGGAGAACAGUGUUUACCUUGAUCUUUAAAAGUCUGGCACCUCUUUUCAGUAACAGUAUUUUUAAAUUCCUCUGAGAUUUUUAUGACAUGGAAAUAAAUUAAGACUUUGCAACAGUUUAAUUUUAAACCAGAGAUUUUUCUAAACUCUCAAGUUUUAUGUCAAGUUAAAUGACUAAGGGAAUAUUGUUCACAUUUUUAAAUUGCCCCUAAAAAAGCCUUAAGUUGCCCAUUUUAUAAAACUGUAUAUUUGUAUUCGUCUCAAAUUAUAAUUUUUAGUAUGUCUACAUGAAAUUGUAUUCAUUAACUUCACCAUUAGUAGCUAAUAUUCAUGCCUUGGAAAUAGAUUUUGGUGCUAUACACUAGUAGCUAAAACCUACUAGAAGUUUAAAGAAUACAUAAAAUACAUUUUUCUUAGGGUGCCUGUCAUUUCAAAGACCAAAUAAACAUUUUGUGUUAAACAUA